UUUAUCAGCUCAACUUAUCUGUAAUCUAAUCAUCUCUAAUUUCUAGAUAAUAAUAUUAAUUACAUGUGCAUAAAUUAUCUCGAGUUUUCUACAUAUAUAUGUAUAUAUCAACAUAUCAUUUAUGAGCAAGAGCGAGUUCCAGGUUCGUAACAGUCAGUACCUCCCACCAGAAUGGCGCAUCAAAGUUUGUUUUCCAAAACGUUCAUAAAAGACAUGAUUAUUUAAAAAAAAAAAAAAAUAUCAAUUGGUUUAUUGUUGACAAGUAAUAUGACAGUAAAUAAAUGAAAUAAAUAGACUGACAGUUUGAAAUAGACAUGAGUGCUCCGAUGUCAGUGAGCAGUGCGAGCUCUUCGACAGCACCAGGUAUGGAAACUGUGGUAGCGGUUGCACUGGGUGCUCUGGCUGCUGUAUUUCUUGGUGCCUUGUUUGUACUGCUGGUUAUAUGUCGUCGUCAACGUUGUUAUUAUAAACAAAAAGACGCAGACUUGAACUCAGACUUGCUGGAAAUUGAUAACGGAUGUACUUUGGGUCUGGAUGCUUGGGAAGGUGAAGAAUGGCUCGCUGGCGCUGAAAGAUGGGUUGAUGAUGCUACUGGAUUGGCUCCACCUUGUAUCGCUGUAUUACGGUCAUGUCAUUCACUCGCUGCAAGUCUUACAGCUAUUGCUGGAACUGUUAAUAGUAAUACUGUACCUUUAGAAAUUGUUGAUGUUGCGCGGCGUAUUCCACCACGUGUUGAUGAUGUAGUACGCAGUUUAUAUCCACCAUUGGACGCGAGACUCCUGGAAGCGCGUGUCGCUGCUCUGGUACUGGCAGUAACUCAUCUCGCACUUGUUACCAAACACGGUGUUCCUAAAAGUCAAGCUAGAAAAUUAGCGUUCAUUGAUCAAGCGCUACAAGACAUGGAUACUCAUCUACUGGUACUGAGAAAUGCUGCUCUAGCUCAGGAAACUACUUGUUCUAUUCCUGCAUCUACACCAGUUUAAUUAUAUAUAUUUUAUAUCUCACAUUAGGGCCAUUUUCUGACAGUGUCCCUCACUUUUUAAAAAUUCUAUAUCUCGGCAAAAUUUUCUUUUUUUCAAUUAAGGUUUUUAAUUUUUUUUUAUUAAUUAAUAAAAUUUUAAUACAGUUAUGACAAUAGUCAUUGAAAAUUUUUAAAAAGUGGGGACACUGUCUGAGACUGUCUUCAAUUAAU